UAUUAAAUGUUCAACCUUGCAACUUAGAUGUUGAUUUUUCCAAUGCAGCACUUACAUUACGGCUUUCAGGUACAUCUUCUAAGAGUUUACUUCUUACUGAAAUUCAAGCAGGGUGCAAGAACCGUUUCAAAUUUUUAACCACUGUUGUUAAAAACAUGCAAACACUUGAUUUACCCAAGCAUUUAUCGUCAUUAAUAAAGUGGCAUAUGUCAGUUGUAACAAUCGGCACCUAUAAAUUUAGAAAAGUGGAUUUCAAGGACAUGACUGUUUCGUCGUUUUUAUCUGCAAUUCAAGACGACUCUCAAAGAAUUGUUUUAGAGAAUGCUUUUAAUGAAUUUCAUAACAGCUGGAACGAAAUUCGUUUAGCCUUUCCAAUUUUGAAUUUUGUAUCAAAUUGUAGAACUGAAAGUGACAAACAAGGAUUAAACUUAAUGAAAAUAAAUUCAACAAUGAAAGAAUGUAGCAUCAUUGAGGAUGAUUCAAUUUUUCUUGAAGUUAUUAAGUGCCUUGCAAACAUUCAAAAUAAAUUUUUAAAAGAUUAUGGUGUCAUUGAAGCAAAUGAGAAAAGUAAACUGAUAAAUAGCCUGCCAAUACAAGAUGUUAAAAGCGAAAAUCUAAUCAGCUUUAAAUGGGACACAUAUUGGGAAGAUUAUUGUCAGUGUGAAACACGGUACGGCCUUGGACAAAAACUGAACUUUUACUGCGACAUGAUAGAAAAAGAACUGGAACAAGAUAUGUUAUUUGGAAAAGUUUUAGUUGAAAUUCCUAAUCCGCUAAUGAAAAUUGGUUUCAAAGAUGAUUUGUUUCACAACAGUAUUGAACUUUUGAAAGAAAUUUCAAGAAAAUUUGAACAGAAGGUUUUACCUGAUGAAAUAAAAAUUCAAAUAAAAUUGAAAAAGUCUAAAGACAGAUCACAUAUCAGUGAACUUCUAACACAUGUAGGAAUGGCAUUGUCAUUACUUCGAAAAAAAGGGCUUGGAACUCAAAAUGCAGAUAUACCAAUCGCAUUUUAUCUUAACAGUUUAGCCGAUAUAACUGGCAUGAGCUCAUCUGUUAUCGAAUCCUUAUUUCCUGAAGAUAUUAGAAUUAGUCAUUCUGUUAACCUGUACCAGUGGCUGGAAGAAUUAAAUGGAGAAAGUAUUAUUGAAACUUUAGAAGAUAAAUACCGUGUAAAAUUAUCAGACAAUGCCAUACAAUGCCUUCAAGAGGCGAAACAAAAUAUGAAACACUUGGAGAAACUGGAUCAUCCAUUAAAAGUUUUUGCACAUAGAUGUCUUUUUGUAAAGGACAAUGAGAUUAGAUCAGCACAACCGUUGAACGAAUACCUUUCUAAUAAAGAUCUGUGGUGGCCAGACGAUUUCAUAUACGAUGAUGCUUUAAAAAAGGAAGUUGUUGCAGCAAAAGAUACCAACAAAUCUUUAGAGGAAUUGCUAUCAUCUUUAAUCUUAGUAGAAAAUAUUUACGACACUGUCAAGUUUCUUGCUGAAGCAAUCAAGGUAUGUAUACUUUUAACAUGUUUGAGUGAACUUCUGGCUGAGUAUGAAUUCGUAUGGCCGUAA